AUGCCUUGCCCCUAGCUGCCUCCAUUUAAUGAGUCUUUCAAUGCGGUAAUCAAUGUUUAUCUCCCCAGAGGCAGAUGCACUGCCGGUAUUGGGGGUGUGAUUUCCAACCAUGUCACAAUCAUCAUCUGCAACCGAUGCGCUCCCGAAGCUCUUCCUAGAGCUCAAGUCGAAAAACGAGGAAACAAGGCUGCGAGCAGCGACUGAACUAUACGAUAAUGUAGUAGCAGCGUCGAGAGAGCUCCCGCAGGAUAAAUUCCUCGAGUAUUAUAACACGGUCAGCCAGCGAAUAGCUCAGCUCGUGGUUACAGGGGGCGACGCGAAUGAGAAGGUGGCCGGACUUCUUGCGCUUGAUAGGUUGAUCGAUUUCGACGGUGUUGAUGCUGCCCUAAAGACAACGAGAUUCUCUGGCUACUUGCGUAGCGCAUUGAGGAGUAACGAUAAUGCAGUGUUGCUUUAUGCAGCCAGGUCGCUGGGGCGCCUAGCAAAACCUGGCGGUGCAUUAACUGCAGAAUUGGUGGAAAGUGAGAUACAAUCGGCACUAGAAUGGUUGCAAUCGGAAAGACAAGAGAAUCGACGUUUUGCUGCCGUGUUGGUCAUCAGGGAACUCGCCAAAGGCUCCCCAACUCUCAUCUACGGAUUCGUUGCGCAAAUACUUGAACUUAUCUGGGUUGCCAUCCGUGAUCCGAAAGUGCUUAUCCGAGAGACGUCUGCUGAUGCUAUCAGCGAAUGCUUUGAAAUUAUUUCGGCUCGAGAUAGCCAGGUUCGCCAUCAGUGGUUUGCGGGAAUCUACGAUGAGACGCUACUUGGUCUAAGAUCAACGAACGUGGAUUGGAUCCAUGGCUCUCUCCUUGCGCUUAGAGAAUUGCUCCUUAAAGGGGCCAUGUUUAUGAACGAGCACUACCGCAACGCUUGUGAGAUAGUUCUCCGGCUGAAAGACCACCGAGACCCCAAAAUCCGGACCCAGGUGGUCGCUACAAUCCCCGUGCUUGCAUCAUAUGCUCCAUUAGACUUUACGAAUACUUAUCUCCAUAGAUUCAUGAUAUACCUACAGGCGCAGCUAAAGCGAGAGAAAGAGCGGAAUGCCGCGUUCAUCGCUAUCGGUAAGAUUGCUAGUGCUGUGGGGAACGCGAUUGGUCAGUUCCUCGAUGGCAUCAUUGUGUAUAUUCGUGAGGGCUUGACUCUGAAAGCACGCAAUCGUGCUGCAGUGAACGAAGCUCCAAUGCUAGAAUGCCUCAGCAUGCUAUCUAUGGCCGUGGGGCAAACUCUCAGCAAGUAUAUGGAAUCUCUUCUCGACCCUAUCUUUGCCUGUGGCCUGAGUAAAGCUCUCACUCAAGCUCUAGUCGAUAUGGCACAUUAUAUUCCGCCUAUCAGAGCCACGGUCCAAGAAAAGCUGCUCGACAUGUUAAGUUUAGUUUUGUGUGGAAGGCCCUUCCAACCCCUUGGCUGCCCUGACAAUCGCGCCCCGCCUAUGCCGUCUUUUGUGAAAGAAUCUGCACCGCCACCCCAAGAAGUCACUGACAGCGAGAUUACCCUUGCCCUGCUAACACUAGGGAGCUUCGACUUCUCUGGCCAUAUAUUGAACGAGUUUGUCCGCGAUGUGGCUAUAAAAUACGUGGACAAUGAUAACUCCGAGAUCCGCAAAGCAUCCGCCUUGACUUGUUGUCAACUGUUUGUCCAUGACCCUAUUCUCAACCAGACAAGCAGCCAUUCUCUCCAGGUUGUCAGCCAGGUUAUCGACAAGCUCUUAUCUGUAGGAGUUGGUGACCCUGAACCCGAAAUCCGCUGCACGGUAUUACAAUCACUGGAUCGAAAAUUUGAUCGUCAUUUAGCCAAACCGGAAAAUGUUCGCUGCCUUUUUCUCGCUGUCAAUGAUGAAGUGUUCUCCGUUCGAGAAGCAGCAAUUAGUAUAAUUGGUCGUUUAUCAAACGUCAAUCCUGCUUAUGUUUUCCCACCGUUGCGAAAGCUGCUUGUCAAUCUUCUAACGGGGCUUAGUUUUGCAACGACGUCCCGUCAAAAGGAAGAAAGUGCUCAGUUGAUUAGUUUGUUUGUCACAAAUGCAACCAAAUUGGUUCGCUCCUACGUUGACCCAAUGGUCACGACUCUAUUGCCGAAGACAACAGACCUCAAUGCCGCAGUGUCAGCGACUACCAUAAAAGCAAUCGGAGAAAUCGCAACCAUUGGCGGUGAGGGCAUGAAGCAAUACCUGGCUCAGAUUAUGCCUAUUAUAUUGGAAGCUUUACAAGAUCUGUCCUCGCCCUCAAAACGAGAGGCCGCUUUGCGCACUCUUGGACAGCUUGCGAGCAAUGCCGGCUACGUUAUCGAGCCCUAUAAGGAAUACCCACAACUCCUUGCUGUCCUCAUUAACAUCAUCAAAACGGAACAAGCCGGGUCCCUUCGGAAAGAAACUAUCAAGCUCAUUGGCACCCUAGGAGCUCUCGACCCCUACAAAUAUCAGCAAAUAAGCCAAGAUACCCCAGACGUUCAUCACAUCAAUGAAAUCCAAGCAGUGUCCGAUGUGUCACUAAUCAUGCAAGGGCUUACCCCUUCUAACGAGGAAUACUAUCCUACAGUUGUUAUCAAUACCCUACUACACAAUAUCCUAAGUGAGAGUUCCCUUGCCCAAUAUCACUCCGCCGUCAUUGAUGCUAUCGUCACGAUCUUUAAGACUUUGGGCCUGAAAUGCGUUCCUUUCUUGGGACAAAUAAUCCCAGCUUUCAUUUCGGUGAUCAGAGAUACGCCGGUCAGCCGCCUGGAUACCUACUUCAACCAGCUUGCAAUAUUGGUUACAAUUGUCAGACAACAUAUUCGCGCAUAUCUGCCAGAGAUUAUUGUUGUUAUCCGCGAAUAUUGGGAUGCGUCCUAUCAGGUCCAGGCGACAAUACUGUCUCUUGUGGAAGCAAUAUCCAAGUCUCUGGAGGGAGAGUUCAAGAAAUAUCUAGCCGGAUUGAUCCCCCUGAUGCUAGAAACAAUCGAAAAGGACAGUAGUCCACGGCGCCAGCCAUCAGAGAGGGUUUUGCAUGCAUUUCUCGUGUAUGGAUCCAGCGCAGAGGAAUAUAUGCACAGAAUUGUCCCGGCGAUUGUUAGAUUAUUUGAUAAACAGCAGGCUCCCCAAAACAUCAGGAAGUCGGCCAUCGAAACCCUGGCGAAACUAUCUCGCCAAGUCAAUGUGUCUGACUUUGCAUCCCUUAUGAUCCAUCCAUUGGCAAGGGCAAUCGGCUCAAGUGACCGCACUUUGAGACAAUCUGCUUUAGAUUGCGUUUGCACCCUAAUUUUUCAGAUAGGUCAGGACUUUACGAAUUACAUCCAGUUGAUCAACAAGGUACUGUAUCCUUUUCGCAGUUUACAAUUUCUAGCUACUAACGUUCAGCAGGUGCUCAAAAAUAAUCAAAUUCACCACCACAACUACCAGAUCCUCGUAUCGAAGCUCCAGAAAGGCGAACCCCUACCCCAGGACCUGAAUCCUGACGAGCAAUACGGUUCUUUUGGUGACGACCAAUCCUUUGGAGAGGUUGGUCAAAGAAAGAUCCUUGUAAACCAGCAGCAUCUCAAGAAUGCGUGGGAUGCAACUCAAAAAUCAACUCGAGAAGACUGGCAAGAGUGGAUGAGACGUUUCAGCGUAGAGCUUCUUAAAGAAUCCCCGUCUCACGCCCUUCGGGCUUGCGCCAGCUUGGCGGGUAUUUACCAACCAUUGGCAAAGGAUCUGUUCAAUGCCGCAUUUGUGUCAUGUUGGACUGAGCUUUACCAUACUUAUCAAGAAGAACUAGUUCACUCGAUUGACCUUGCCCUUACGGCUCGAAAUAUACCGCCGGAAAUUCUUCAGAUUCUUCUUAAUUUAGCAGAGUUCAUGGAACAUGACGACAAAGCACUUCCUAUUGAUAUCCGCACUCUUGGGAAGUAUGCAGGCAAAUGUCACGCUUUUGCGAAGGCCUUGCAUUAUAAAGAACUUGAAUUUGAGCAAGACCAAAACUCCGGCGCUGUUGAAGCUUUGAUUAGUAUCAAUAAUCAGCUUCAGCAGUUCGAUGCGGCGAUUGGGAUUCUCCGCAAAGCGCAAGCAUAUCGAGACGUGGAGCUAAAGGAGACGUGGUUCGUAAAGCUUCAACGUUGGGAGGAAGCUUUAGCCGCGUAUAAGCGACGUGAAUUGAUUGAUCCUGAUUCUUUUGAAGUCACCAUGGGAAAGAUGCGCUGCUUGCAUGCUCUUGGGGAAUGGAAGAUGCUUUCGGAUUUGGCUCAAGAAAAAUGGAAUCAAGCGACCAACGACCACCGGAUAGCUAUCGCGCCUCUUGCCGCAGCUGCUGCUUGGGGCCGUGGGCAAUGGGAACUCAUGGAUUCAUACAUCGGAGUAAUGAAGGAACAGUCGCCUGAUCGAUCGUUCUUUGGUGCAAUUCUUUCCUUGCAUCGAAAUCAGUUCAAAGAAGCGGCGGAAUAUAUUGAGAAAGCUCGCAACGGUCUUGAUACGGAGCUAUCUGCACUGCUAGGUGAAUCUUAUAAUCGCGCUUACAACGUGGUCGUCCGUGUCCAGAUGCUCGCUGAGCUCGAAGAAAUCAUUACUUAUAAGCAGAGUGCUGGUGAUCCUGAGAAGCAAGAGGCCAUGAGACAAACAUGGAAUAAACGGCUCCUAGGUUGUCAACAGAACGUUGAAGUAUGGCAACGAAUGCUUAAAGUCAGAGCGCUUGUUAUUUCACCAAGGGAAAAUUUGGAUAUGUGGAUCAAGUUUGCCAAUCUCUGUCGAAAAUCGAAUCGAAUGGGACUUGCAGAACGCUCUCUCGCGUCCCUCGAAGCCGUUGAAUCUUCCGAGUUUGGAAUUCCACCAGAGGUGACUUAUGCUCGCCUUAAAUUUGACUGGGCCGCAGGCCGCCAGCAAGAGGCCCUCCAAGCACUCAAAGACUUUACUGCCUCUUUGACUGAAGAAUAUGGGAAAUAUAAUUCCCUAGUUAGUGCCGCACGGGGCCAGCAGCAGCAGGCUGCAGAAAACAACCAUAUGACUAACGGGCAGACGGAACAAAGAGAAGCGGAGAUAGCUGCAAUCCGUCAACACCUUGGCGACCUUGGCAAAUUCCGGCGGCUUCUUGCAAAGAGCCAUCUCAAACAAGGCGAAUGGCAGACAGCCUUACAAAGAGGGGAUUGGAGAUCCGAGAAUGUCUGCGAUGUGCUGAAUGCUUAUUCCGCCGCCACGCAUUAUAAUCGCGAAUCCUACAAGGCCUGGCAUGCUUGGGCGCUCGCAAAUUUUGAGGUGCUGAACGCCUUGAGUCCUCAGUCCAACAACGAAACAGUAUCGAUACCUCAUCACAUUAUUAGCGAGCAUGUAGUUCCUGCUAUCCAAGGGUUCUUUCGGUCGAUCGCACUUUCAUCAUCAAGCGCCCUCCAAGACACUUUGAGACUUCUCACACUCUGGUUCACACAUGGUGGUGACGCAGACGUAAACUCCGUUGUGACUGAUGGCUUCGCCACUGUUAGCAUUGAUACGUGGCUUGAAGUGACUCCCCAACUUAUCGCACGCAUCAACCAACCCAAUCCUCGGGUUCGCGCUGCAGUCCACCGCCUCCUCGCGGAUCUGGGGAAGGCUCAUCCACAAGCUCUCGUAUAUCCCUUAACUGUGGCCACGAAAUCCAAUGUGGUUCGCCGUUCGCAAUCCGCGAUCCACAUCAUGGAUAGCAUGCGUCAACACAGUCCCAGGCUCGUCGAACAGGCCGAAGUUGUCAGCCAUGAGCUGGUUAGGGUUGCCGUCCUUUGGCAUGAACUUUGGUAUGAUGGUUUGGAAGAAGCAUCCCGACUGUAUUUUGCAAACCACAACGUUGAAGGAAUGUUCGCGACCCUGGCGCCACUACAUGACAUGCUAGACAAAGGCGCUGAAACUCUGAGAGAGGUGUCCUUCGCUCAGGCUUUCGGCCGUGACCUAGCCGAAGCCAGACAUUUCUGUCUUCUUUACCGUGAAACACAGGAAAUUGGAGACCUCAACCAGGCAUGGGAUCUGUACUACACUGUGUUUAAGAAGAUUGACCGGCAGGUCCGGCAUAUGAGGACCCUUGAUUUGAAAUACGUUUCGCCUAAGCUAAAGGAUGCUGUCGACUUGGAUCUGGCCAUACCAGGCACUUAUCAAAGCGGAAAACCUGUGAUUCGAAUCCUGAGCUUUGAUCCUGUAUUAACUCUAGUUCAAACAAAGAAAAAGCCGCGAAAGAUGAUUGUUAAAGGCAGCGAUGGCAACUCGUAUAUGUACGCCCUAAAGGGUCACGAAGAUAUCCGCCAAGACGAGAGAGUCAUGCAACUGUUUGGGCUUGUCAAUACUCUCUUAGAAAAAGACAGUGAAUGUUUCAAACGUCACUUGACUAUUCAACGCUUCCCUGCCAUCCCCCUAUCCCAAAACUCUGGUUUGAUAGGUUGGGUAACAAAUACUGACACACUACAUGCCCUGAUCAAAGAGUAUCGGGAAAGCCGGCGCAUUCUCCUUAACAUCGAGCACCGCAUAAUGUUGCAAAUGGCACCAGACUACGAGAGUUUAACUCUUAUGCAAAAGGUCGAAGUAUUUGGUUACGCUAUGGAUAACACGACCGGCAAAGACCUUUAUCGGGUUCUUUGGCUUAAGAGUAAAAGCUCCGAAGCCUGGCUUGAACGGCGGACCAACUACACUCGCUCGCUCGGCGUUAUGUCAAUGGUCGGAUAUAUCCUCGGUUUGGGUGAUCGACACCCAUCCAAUCUUUUGUUGGAUCGGAUCACGGGCAAGAUCGUUCACAUCGAUUUUGGUGACUGCUUUGAGGUUGCUAUGCACCGCGAAAAGUACCCUGAAAGGGUUCCAUUCCGACUUACUCGUAUGCUCACCUUUGCCAUGGAAGUCAGCAACAUUGAGGGAAGCUACCAUAUCACCUGUGAAGCCGUGAUGCGGGUUCUUCGAGAGAAUAAAGAGUCUUUAAUGGCAGUGUUGGAAGCUUUUAUCCAUGACCCAUUGAUCAAUUGGCGACUGGGAGCCCGCGAAUCUCCCGCACAGCCAUCUUUCGCUGACCGUCGCCAAUCAGGUGAACUCGAUCUCGAUCAUCCACUACAGCCCGGUAACUUUACACGCCGCCGUCCCUCGAUUCUAGACGGUGGCAUUCUGGACGCUCAACAGGGUAUUCCCAACGAAGCCAGAGAAGUGCAAAAUGCCCGAGCUCUACAAGUGCUUGGCAGAGUUCGGGAAAAACUCACUGGUCGGGACUUUAAACCACAUGAAGAACUUAAUGUUAGUGACCAGGUGGACAAACUUCUUGUUCAGGCCACAAGCGUUGAGAACUUGUGCCAGCAUUACAUUGGGUGGUGCAGUUUUUGGUGAUGGAUGCCUCUGAACCCUUUCUUUUUCCUUUUUUUCUUUUUUGUAUUUCUUUUCUCUUUUGUCCUUCUGGCUAGGAGCAACAUUUCUUUGUGGAGUUUCGGAUAUCGUUUAUGAUGCCCAUUUAAGCAGGCGACGGUAUUUUGACGAUAAUGACAUUUUAUUUGCUACAC